AUGGACUACUACAACGGAAGCUUUUAUGGCAAUGAUAAGAUUGAAUCGGAACCUUCUCAGAUUGAAUUGUUGAGUGGGUUGAUAGAGGAAAGUGAAACGGUGGAGAAAAAGUCAAAUCCAGAAAUUGAAAGAAGUAAGAGAGAGGAAGAAGAUUAUUGGAGAAAGAGACGAUUGGAGGAGGAACGUGUUUUGAGUAGAAUUGAUAAGGGAGAGGAUGAGGAUAAUGAUGUCGACUAUGCAAGUGUUUCAGGCCAUUGUAUAAUUGAGGAAGUUGAUAAACUGAAAGGAACAAAGGCAGCAAAGUUAGAUCCUAAUAUUUGGACUGCAGAAGAUUUGGAAUUUUUGGAUGAUAAUCAGGGAGAUAACAGAGAAACACCAGAUUAUGAUGUUGUUUAUCAGCAACAGGUUUCUUCGAGUGAUGUUUACUUGGGAAUGGACCCAGAAAAAGAUCCAUCAACAAUGAGUAGUGAUGCUAUUGCUUACUCAAUCAAGUUGCCAAAGACUGAGAAGAUGUCUGAGAUAGAAUUAAACAUUUCUUCAAGAUCAUUUUCAAUCAAAUCAGAGCAUUAUAUUCUUGGAGUUUCAUUUCCUCAACCAGUACUGGAUAAUGAAGCAAAGGCAAAAUGGAAUUCAAAAACAAAAUGCCUUUCUCUAUCAGUACCUUUUGUAAAAUAA